AUGGUGCCGUUGAAAAGCGGCCAUCCUCACAUUAUAGCGUCCGUGGUCAACCUUCCCCCAGCCCCGCCAGAGACAUCAUCAGACGGCGACGGUUCCACCAGCUCCACCGUGAAAUUCUCAGAGAGCAACAUUGUCAGAGUGUCUGCCUUGUAGAUGUCAGUCAGUCCAGGCACCACCGGUCUGUUUGGUUGACUUUUUUGCUAACUGUUUGGCUGUUUGGAUAACUGGUCUCAAGGAGAAGCAGCAGCAGCUGGAGAGAGAGACCCCUGAUUGACUGACUGACUGAUGGACCUGCCUGAAUCUACAGGGAUUAUCAUCUGAUUAUCAAAGGUCUGACUAGCUAUGUUGCCUGAUAGACUGGACUACUCUACAUGGGAUUAAACUGCUGUGAUAGGCUGAUACAUAGGAGCAAAGAGACUUGAUUGAGCUAAAACCCUUUUGCUCUUUGGGGACCGUUGCCAGGUCAUCCACCUAUUGGGGAUCCUGAAAUCCUGUUCCUUUCUUCAAGCACAGGAGGCUAAAGCAAUGAAUUAUUAGAUUGCUCGAUCGUUGUUGCCUGAAAAAAAUAACUAAAAUGGAAAAUAUUUUUUAGGACUAUUAAGUGUGGAUAUGUCAUCUGUUUUAUGACUCCAGGUGGAAUGAGAGGGGAGGACUGUGUUUGGAGUUGUAA